UUCUUACGCUACCAGGCACUAAGCCCAGUUGCAACAUGGGAAUCAAUCCCUAGUUAGAAUCAUCUUUAAAAUGCAGUCUUCCCUUCUUUUCUGUUUUUUUGAUCCUACCCAAAUUCACUCAUACACUCUUCUCUCCUCCUCCCAUUCAUCUGCCAUGAACGACUUUGAGUUUGAAACCCACGAUACAGAGACCCAUGUUUCUGCUGUUAUACUUGAUUUGGAUGGCACCCUCUUAAACACAGUUUAUGGUUGUGUUUGUGCAGAGCAAGCUACAAAGGAUGUUUUGAAACAAUUUUUGGCAAAAUAUGGCAAGGUUUUGGACAGGGAGAAGGAAAAUAAGAGGCUAGGCAUGACUCACAAGGAGUCAGCAAUAGCUAUUAUUAAGGACUAUGAUCUUCCAAUCCCACCUCAUCGUUAUACACAGGAAAUUAUGCCCCUGUAUCAGGAAAAAUGGGUAGAAGCAAAAGCACUUCCUGGUGCCAAUCGCCUUAUCAUGCAUCUCCAUAAGCAUCAAGUGCCCUUUGCACUUGCUUCCAAUUCCAUACGCCAAAACAUAGAUACAAAAAUCUCUCACCAACAGGGUUGGAAAGAAUGCUUUUCAGUAAUUCUUGGAAGUGACCAGGUCAAAUUGGGGAAACCAGCUCCAGAUUUAUUUCUGGAAGCUGCAAAUAAAAUGGGUGUGGAUGCAGUUCGCUGCCUUGUCAUAGAAGAUUCAUUGAUUGGUGUUAAAGCAGCGAAGGCUGCUGGAAUGAAAGUAGUUGCAAUCCCCUCGCUACAAAGUGAAGCUGAGCAAUAUCAUAUUGCGGAUUCUGUGCUUCAUUCACUUCUAGAAUUUCAGCCUGAGAUGUGGGGUCUUCCACCCUUUGAAGACUGGGUGGACAAUACAUUGCCAGUUGAACCAUUUCAUUUGAAGGGUUUAUAUAGCCAUGGGCUUCUUUGUGAAUUUGCAGAUAGUGGACCGUCUGCUCUUCCUGAUCAAGUUUCAGGAGUCUACUUUGGUUGGGGCAUAGUUGACACUGAUGAAAUCUUCAAGGUUGUAACUGGCAUUGGAUGGGACCAUGGAUGCUGUACUGCUAAGAGAAAAAUUCGAUUAUGUCCGGUUGAUGGUAGCAAGGAGGAUAUAUCUAAUCAGCAUAUGCAAGUAUUGCUUGUUGGCUACAUCAGAGGAAUGACUGGCAAGGGAAAUACAUCUGCUGAGAUUGAAAUAGUUGAAGAGGACAAGCUCAUUGCUAGCGAUUCGUUGGAUUUGCCAGUAUAUGCCCAUCAUACCUGUGCGUCUUUCUUUUCAGAAGCUUCUUUCGAAGAUGACUGCUGCCUCGGAUGAAAUUUAGUAGAAUUGUAAUGAACUGGAGACUUUAAUAAUUCCACAUUGACUGGAACACAGGUCCAAAUUUUUUUUUUUUUUUUUUUUUUUGCCCUUUUGGGGACAAGAAAAGGCAUCUAAUACCAUAUUAUAUAUGCUUCUGAAUUAAUUUAGACGUAUCAUAUGCACUGUUCGUACGAUUUGGCUUAACAUAUAUGUACAACAUAUAGUCUAUAUGUCGCGCAAGCUUUUUAUUGUAUGGUUAAUAAUAUAUUUAUGGAGAAUGGAUUUGAUAAUCCUGAUUUUUGGUUUGA